AAAUUAUAGUUGCCAAGCAAGUGUAAUGUUAAGCGAUAAAACGCUUAAUCAUGCUUUUAUCGAUCUGAUCGCUCAAUUAAUAAUUUUACAAGCUCCCAAAAUCACAAAAUGUCUUGAAAACUCGAAAACACAUAAAUCUUUAAGCAGCCUCGAUUAUACAUUGAUGAAACGGGAAUGCGCUUAUAGACCGAAUUUUGUAGUGUGCCAGACGCGAUGAUAUUUCGAGCAUCAUGUGUCCGGGGUCGAAGAUCAUCGAGACGGUCGGCACUUAUCGAUUGUCAACGAACAAUUAAUCGCUGGUCAACAGUCACUUAUCUCGCACACACAUAAUGCGUGCGUUUUCAAUCCGCAGAGAGUGAGAGAGAGAAAAAAUUGAGCGCGUCGAGGCUAACGUUCAAAAUGACGAGUACAUCGCGAACCACUCGUGGAGGCGGCGGGAGGGCGACGGAAAAAAAAGAGAAUGUGGCACAAAACGCAAAGGACAUCCUGCCGAUGAUUCACGCGACACGAUUCCCGUAAUGUUGAUUUUGUCGCACGUUAAAAAAAAUCUCUCUCGUCGCCGGACAAUUAAAAUCCGCGGCGAUCGGAAAAUAACGAUAAGAAAAACGCAUCGCUACUGUCUAUUUGUGAGUCAAUCGAAGUUUUUUUAUCUUCCGAGCGUGACUUGAAGGCGCGGAUAUCCUUCAUGCUCGCUCGCAUGGCUUAUCAUUAGCGAUCGUUUUGAGAAGGGGAAGGGAAAAAAAUGGGAACUAUCGUGAAAGUGAAUGGCGCGGCGUGGAUUAUCGAGAGAUUUUGUUAUCGGUGUAAUUAGCGACGGGAGAGCACACUCGGGCGCGAGAAGAUUAGAUCCACGGUUUCUUCGUAACUCGGACGUGAUCCCAUUCGCGAUCACGUUCAAUGGAGCGUCCGAAACACACGCCGUGCAUCCUUUCGUUGUUCGUGCCGAGAGGGUGAAAGUAUCCGUAGAGCCGACAAAUAAUAAUCACCAAGAGGCGUGAUCGCCUCGGCGGCCCAGAUUGCAAAAUUUCAUAUGAAAGCGACGAGUGCAGCCUGCAGAAGGCCGCCUUUUACAUUUUCUCAUCCGUGUCCUAAUGACGUGGAAACGAAAUGAAUCGGGAUUAGUCGAGUGAGAAAUUCUGCACAAUUGCAAUCGGAAUGAAAUUCUCGCGGAAGAUCAGGAAGUCGGUAUAUGAACAUUUUUCAACCCGCCUUCCGUUCCUUGAAACUUGCUUUCCUGUUAUUCUCGUCGUCACCGGCAGCACUUAAGGAUUUAUUUCUCCCGUAUAGUCCGUAUGUGGUUCGUGAUGCAAAUUAUUCUCAUGUUAUUCAUGACAUUGUGGGCGGCAAACGUGGAAGAGCCCGCGUCUGCACGCGUGCCCCCGCACACACACAGAGUGUCGAUCUCUCGAUGACUCGUCUCAUUCACGCGUACACGUGUGUACACGCGCCUACGCACAAACGCGUCCGCCGUUCUGAAGGGGGGAAAAACGUUACGCGUUGCUCUUCGUCGGGGUACGGGCAGCGAUGUAACCGACGUUUAAAGUGCCCCACUUUGCGGAGGGUGGAAGAGUAGGCUCUAAGAGACAACUUGAAGGAUUAUUCCCUCUAUUAAGGCUAUAUUUAGGGCCCGAGAGAAAUGUUGUCGAGGAAUUCAAAUCUCCGACAAAGACUUACAUGGACGAUGUCAACUUUUAACUCGGGACUACUUAACUAAACUAAAUUGAACUGAAACUAAACUAAAUUGAUAUUAUAAAAUAUUAUUAAAGGAAGUAAAGCAUUAAUAGAAGAUCGUGCUCGAGAUGAAAUACAGCCGCAGAGACGCGCGAAUGUCAAAUUCAGCAUUUAUUUCUUCUCUGCUCCAUUUUUCUCCAUCAUCCUCGCCUUUAUUCUUCCUUUCAUUUCAGCUUCUUUUUAUUUACUUUCUCUCCCUUGUCUCUCCUUCGUUCUUGCAGCAUGCAAGAAGAAAUUCUUUUUUAUUCCUCCCUUUUAUUUUACUUCCGUUCGUUCUUCUGUUGUUUUCUUUCUCUUCGACCUUGCGUGCGCUCGAACAUGACGGGGAAGGCCUUCUCCGUGCCGUUCCUCGGGGAGAUCCGCGGGGACCGUCGGUUUUACGCCACUGUGAGCAAGGGACGAUCAGUUGCUAGUGCAGGUGCUAGAGAGAGAGUAUACGUGUCAGCGAGCGAUCGCGAGAGAAGGAUCGAGCGUUAGUGGCCGCGCGGGAGUGGGCAGGAAACGGCUCGGCUCGGACUAUGUAAGACGACGAGGCGGCGGCCGUGGGGUCCGAGAUCGUGCCGAGUUCCCGUCGCGACCGGAGCGUAGUGCCGGAUCGGUCGUCGCGACGCGUGGAGCUUUCCGUUUGCAGUCCCGAGUGCAGGCAAUCAUUUUGUCGCGCGGUGAAGUUUGAUUUUUGUACGUUUAGCUUCACCGCGUCAGCGCUCGAUCGAUUCAUCGCGAAUUGGAGAAACGGAAACGCCACGCGGUUUCUGUUGAAUAGAUCUCGGUGUGAUUAUGAGUUUCGUCACCGUCGACGAGAACGCGAGGAAGAGAGAAGUGGUGAAGUGGUGACGAAACAUAAAUAACACAUCGGCGUAAAUUUCAAUUCGCGACAUUUUACACUCGCGCGCGACAGAGAUGUGUGACCGCUUCGAUACCGGCGCGGCGCGAUUGUGAAAUCCUGGAGAGAAAGAGAGAGGUAGAUUGAAAUUCCUCUCUUCGAAGUAGCUCGAAGUGUCUCGCAUCGUUAUCUCAAUAUUGUCGAACGUAGCGGCGAAAUGGAGGAUACAACGACGUCCAGUAUCCUUUUGAUGUCGAAGAUCGGCGCGAUGAUCGGCCUCGGUUUCGGUUCUUUGGCAAUGGGAACGUUACCGUUGAUGGUCGGACGUUACAGAAUCAAGAAACGACUUCAGAAACGUCGCCGAGCGAUCUCUUCCAAUCAUUCCAGCACCUCCACUUCCACCACGUCGAGUGUCGACGCGACUCCCGCGGCGCAUAAGCAAAGUCUGUUAACAUCUCUACUGCUCUGCUUCGGCGGCGGCGUGUUGCUGUUCACAACAUUUUUACAUCUGGCGCCAGAAGUGCGCGAGAGUGUCGAACGACAUCAGUCCAACGGCCAACUGCCCACCCUGGGCAGCCUCGGGCUGGCCGAGCUGCUUUUCUGCGGCGGUUUCUUUCUCGUUUACCUGGUCGAGGAGACGGUUCACGCCGCACUUACCGGCAAACCCGAAUCGUCGGAAGCGCUGCUCUAUCGGACCGUGUCGGUACGUCGAUGUAACAACAAUAACAACAAUCAGACGAGCGGCCCGUCCGGCACUACGUCGGUGGCAUCGAGCGGCUCGAUCACCACCGUGUCCACGAAGACUCAAUCCACGUGGAAGCAUAUCGAUGACGAGGACCGGCCCGUCGACUUGGAGCGACCGAGAAUUCAGGAUCACGCUCUCCACAAUCAAGUGAGCAAGGACGACAAGGUGCUGCCGGCUGUAUUCAUUCUAUCGUCCGUCGCGUUGCCGAGCGAAGGACGUCAAGCCGCCGAGAAGCCUCCCGAAACGGAAUUCACGAUGCCGGAACUGAACUACCCGCAGAUCAAGCAUCACCAUCAUCAUCACGAUCAUCAGCACGGCGCGAUGGCGCAGAACACUUCCGUGCAAGGACUGCUGACCGUGUUGGCGUUGUCUUUCCACGCGAUAUUCGAGGGUCUCGCGGUCGGCCUGGAACCGUCCAUCAGCUCGGUCGUCUAUCUGGCGGCCGCCAUCGCCACGCACAAGCUGGUGAUCGCUUUUUGCGUCGGCAUGGAGCUCUACGUGGCCGGCGCGUCCACCAAAACCACUCUCGGAUAUCUAUCCAUCUUCUCCAUGGUCACGCCGAUCGGGAUUGCCGUCGGCCUCGCGUUGGGCCACUUCAAAAACGAUAGCGAGAAUCUGGGACCCGCACCUACGAUACUUCAAGGCAUGGCGGCCGGCACUCUGCUCUACGUGGUGUUCUUCGAGGUGCUAGCGCGCGAGCGAGCGAACGAAAAGAGCGGCCUGUUGCAGCUCGCAGCGAUUAUCGUCGGCUUUAUGCUCAUGCUGGGCCUGCAAAUCGCCACUGCCCAUUCGCAUUCGCACAGCCACGGCCACGAACAUUCACACAACUGCACGGAAAACGACCACGAUCACGAUCACGAUCAUGACCACGAUCAUGAUCACGACCACGACCAUCCCCACGAUCAUAAACACAACGUCGUUGCGAGCGCGAUCGACAGAGUAACCGACAGCAUUGCCGAGGCCCUGUCCAACGCUCUGACGUCUUCGACGACGCCAUCGCCGACGAUACUAUCAAAAGCCGUUAUCAACGAGACCAGCCCGUCGUUGCAUCCUCAUCACAGUUAAUGAUAAUCGACCUGGAAAUUUUACGAGUUCGAAGCACAAGCUGAAUUUUCUAGAGACUCUCAACCUUUCGAAAGCUCGACGAUUUCGGAAUCACAACAGUGCCUUUAUCGAGGAGACUCCACUCUCAUUCACUUGAAAAAAGAAGCAAGGAUAAAGAAAGAAAAAGCGCCGAACUGAUGGAUUUUUACGCACAUGAAUCAAGCAGAUUGAACUACAAACGAAGAGAAAAUCGUGUUACACCGCGUACGCUAUAAAGAUGUUUUUUUUUACCGUUACUUCGAUCAGAAACUGUACGUUCAAGAAACAACGUUACGGAUUUCUGACGAUGCUAACUACUGUGUGAAGAGUUUUUCGCUCAAAGCUGCAAUCGGCAGAUUUUCGCAUAGGCAUCUUCAUAUUCGAAUUGUGCCGGUUUAACGCAGCACGUUACUAUUUUUUUAUAUAUAUAAUAAGCAUAAGUCUAGUUUUAUGAUUAUUUAAGUGCCUUCACGACCUAAAUUAUUGAUACUUCGUAUCAAAAGUAUUUAUUAAUAGUAUCGAAAAAGCGUCCUUAGCUUUUAAAUAAAUUUUUCCUUGAUAUUAAUGCAAAAAAAAUAGACAUCUCAUAAGGGCCAGCAUCGAUAAGAGCCAGUUUUCUAAUUAUUCGACGAAUCCAAACGCAUUUAUGUGAAGAAUUUUAAUAAAUUGUCGUAAACGAUUUUUUUUAAU